AUGGACAUUUUUAUGUGGAAGCGUCAGUCGAGGCCGACCGUAUCUAAGCAGCAGGCAAUAACCCAGAAGGACCGAAUGAAGAUUCAUAAAAUCUUCAUCCUAUUGGCACUAGUUGUUGCUGUUCAAUCCGCCUUCAGCGGAUACGAAUACAUUCCUCCAGCUUGUCCGUUGGUCCUCCCGAGCACGCAGUACGUCACAACUACCGCGACGUUCUACCAAACACAAACGACGACCAUUGAUAGGCCUGCUAUACCCAGCACGAUAACACGAGUUUCCUCAAUCAUUGUAACUUCUGCCUACACCCAAAGCGUUCCCGUGUAUAGUACAAUCACCUCCACAAACUCGUUCACCGUAACGCAACCUGCUGGACCUCCAAGGACAAGCACUAUUACCGUUACGCAACCACCCAUUGUUUCAACGAUUGUUUCAACUGUCGUACGUCCUACACCAGUGUAUAAAACAAUCACAAACUACGAAACGGUUCAGCUACCGCCAGUGACACUUCCACCUCAAACAGUUGUCAAAACCGUCCAAGCAGCACCGGUUACUAGAAUUCAGACCUCUACGUAUACAGUAACCAUCCCUAUUACUUCGAUUGUUAGAGAGGUCGUGCAAGUGCCAGGACCAACGGUAACUCUGCCACCACAAGUCACUUACUAUACCAAAACGCUUCCGCCGGUGGAACGAACCAGCACCGCUUACAUUACGAAAACUUCUACCGCAGUUCAGUACGAUACCGUCACGCUACCCCCGGAAACCUUCACUCUUCCGGCCCAAACGGUUUUCCGAACCACAACGUUACCAGGAACAACGGUGACCACUACUUCGGUAAUCGCAACUCCGACGCCAGUCUACCGAACUAUCACACACACUCAAUCGAUUACACUACCUCCGCCGCCAGCCUCUACCAGAACUAUCUAUUCGACCGUUACACCUCCCCCCGUCACACAGAUCAUCCCAUCGGUAAGCACCGUAAUAAACCGUGUAACAGAAACCAUUUCGCGCACAGUUACCAGUACGGCUGUGACUCCACAACUACAGUAUGUAACAAAAACCAUAACCCUACCGGCAGUCACGCAAACCGUCUGUCGACCAACCAAUGCAUACCUCCCAGCGCACGAAGAAGCCACACAAAUACGAGCUCUGCCGAGGCCACAAUAUAAUGAUUAUCAGCUACGAUAUAACGACAUCUACCCGUAA